UCUUAUCUGUAUUUUAGGGCCAUAACAAUGUGCUGUCUGUCAUAGCGUCUUGUCACGCAGAGAGUCAGAAGAGACGAGUGACGUGUGCCUUUGUAGAUAAAACACAAUUUCCCAGGGUGCUUUGGUAAUGGAACAACAAAGAUGGCGGUACAGCCCAGUGCUAUUGUACGUGAUAUGAAUUGUGAAAUCUAUAGAUGAGUUAAAGGAGCGACGACCCGCACAGCACUGCAGAAAAAAUUACCACUGCGCUGCAACUACAUCACAUCUGUCUACGUCGGCAUUUUAACAGACAAAAUGCCUUCACCUAAAGCUAAAAACCCCGGUCGCAGCGGAGGAAGUCCGGUGCUGGGCAGCUCCAACGGCCGCUUCGACUUUAUGUCGCUGACGAAGCCGCUGAACCGGUCCUCGGCGCCUCACCUCCUUCAGCGGCAGGGUUCCGACCCGACUACCGCCCGCCUUCGAGCCUCGGAAAGCCCCACUCGCCGCAGGGGCUCCAGCUCCUCCACGGGAUCGGCAAGUGGCCAGGGGCUUUCGGAAGAGGACGGAAUACGGCUCAACCCCUCCUUCAUCCGCGUAGCCCUAAGCUCCCUGCUUGCCAUCGACCUGUGGCUGUCCAAGCGGCUGGGGGUGUGUGCCUGUGAGGACUCGUCUUGGGGCAGUGUACGCCCCUUGAUGAAACUGUUGGAGAUAUCGGGGCAUGGCAUCCCCUGGCUGGCCUGCACCGCCUACUGCCUGUACAAGAGUGACAGUGCUGCCGGACAGGAAGUCAUGCUCAACCUUCUCAUGGGCCUGCUGUUGGACCUGGUCCUGGUUACCAUUGUUAAGGCAGUCGUUCGUCGGCGUCGGCCAGCACACAACCGUAUGGACAUGUUUGCCACCUUUUCUGUGGACCGCUACUCCUUUCCUUCGGGUCACGCCACCCGUGCUGCCAUGUGUGGACGGUUCCUGCUGGCCCACCUUGUGCUGGCUGCACCGCUGAGGGUCCUCGUCCUGCUGUGGGCUGGCCUGGUGGGCCUAAGCCGAGUGCUGCUGGGCAGGCACAACGUGACUGAUGUGAUGUUUGGGUUCUGGAUGGGCUAUUGUCAGUAUAACCUAGUGGAAAUGCUGUGGCUCUCACCUCAGACUCUACAAGGGCUGCUGGGACAGUUAGCUUAAUUUUAAGGACUGAUGAAGAAGGAUACAUGGUGGUUCAAAUCUUUACUGUAAGAGUACUUGAACACCUUCAGUUUACACUUUGAUUAGAGAAGUGAGUUCUGUCAAAUACAGUGUUGUUCUGCUGUUAUCUUACAUUUAAGUUCAAAAGCCCACUUUCAGCACUCAGUCUAAGGUUGCAAUGAAUGGCCUGCCUGCAAUAAGUAGGACUUUUAAUCAGAAAAGGCAAUGAGAUACAGAAUUGUCCAGAUUGUCUCCUGCUGCGACGCCACUCCCCUCACUGGCCUGACUUAAGUACAACAUGAACACAAAAUGAACUCAGUAAGAACCUUUUUAAGUUUUAACAGUUGCUUUGUACCCCUGAAGUGAUUUAAUCUGUAUGCCAAAAGUAUACUUUUGGUGUUAAAAGUCUGAGCUUUCCACUUGAGGCUUGAUUUGGAUAUUGCCUCUAACUUUACAUCGCAGAAGAGAGGUUAAAUAAUUCAUGUGAAUCAUUUCCUUUGGAAAAAAACACAUUUUUUUUCUACAAAGCUUUAAUCAAUUAAUGCAUCAGGAACAAUUUCUUUUUGUUUUGUUCUGCUAAUCAUAGCCUGAUGAAAUUCCUUGUUUAGCGUAUAAAAGUGUCCUGUAGCAACUGCAGUUAACUAAGUGCCCACACAUAUAAACCUAUUUGGUUCACAGAUAUUUCACAGACAGUGUGUCCCUCAUGUUAUUGCUCUCAUUUGAGACCAGAGCUGACAGCCGCAUAUUACUCACCUGUCUUCACCUGUCAUCUUUCUUUUGGACCAUUUCUAGGAACUGGUCUGGAUUUUAGUCAUAGGCAUUCUCCACUCAGCAGCUCCUCUUCACCUCCAGCUUGCCCCACUGCCACACAGUUAACAGAAUCUUUAUCUCCUCCUCACUUGACUACAUCUGAUAGGAUUAGACAUGCAACAUCCAAACCAUCAGAAACAUGGAUUUCAUUUGACCACAUCAUUUGUAUUUCUUUGACAGUAUCAUUGUUUCAUUUAUAGUCAACCAGAUCAUAUUGCAUAUUCCUUAUUACUAAUUAACUGUGAUGGAUCACAUAGACUUAAUCUUAUUCUUAUCAGGUUACACACAUAAACACAAAUCACUUAGGCUAAAUGUUAUCAUGAAGUAUAUACACUAGUUGUAGUAUUAGUGUACUGUACAGUAUGUUAAUAUAUCUGUCAAUAACCACAGUUUGGUCCAAUUAAUGACAAAAGAGUCACAGAUUUUAUGGUUACUGAUUUAAAGUAACAAGAGUUGAAGUAUAUGAUCAGCUGUGGUUUUAUUGACUGGUUCAUAGCCCGUAGUUUGGCAACAGAAUCACAUCAGUGAUAUUUUAGAAGCUUUUGACUUAUUCACAACAUUGUGGGAGAAUUUCUUUUCCAUCUCUAUGUUUACUAACCCUCAUUGACAUGACAUGCCAUUAAACCUGAGCUGGGACUGUGAAUUUUCAGUCAAGAUCUCGCUGAUUUCAUGAAACUCACAUUAUUCCAGCUUUUUAUGAGUUCCUGGGCUUUGUGCUACUAGCCUGAACACCUAUGAAACAAGGUGUAGCCGAGGUUUACGUACAGUUCAGGGAAGGUGAAGUUCAUACUUGAUCACUUGCUCAGACUAAUAAUAGAAGUUGCAGUGAUGAGCACAUUUACUGAAUUGUAAAAAAAUACCAUUUAUUCAGAUUAACAAUCAUAACCUGAUAGUAGAAAUCACAGAAUGCACCUGAUUUAAAAGCUUGGUUUUUUACCUGACAGCUUGCUGUGAAAACACCCUGUCAAUAAUUGUGUGGUGAUAAUUCUAGUCUCAGACAAAACUACAAUAAGUUUAUUCAUUAGCAGAAACUGAAAAUGAAUUGCAACACAGUUGUGUUGUAAGUCGAAGAUUCACAAGGGCAAUAGUCUUCCAGGUCUUCCCACAGUUCAUCCCUCUUUGCAGGUCUUGGUGUGUGUUUGUAUGUCUGGGGGUUAAUCCUAACUCAUGCUGACCAUCUCAUUUUGUCUGGUCGUGAGGGUGUAUUUCUAUUACUCAGAGGAGAUUGAUGAUUAAUCCGUAUCUUUGUACUGACCCAGUGAUUUGGGCAAGACAGCUACUGAUUAGUAAGCUAGGCUGAGAUUAAUAUUGAACUCUAAAUGACGUCAGUGGUCUAGAUGUUGUAACACAUUUGGUGUUUGGCAUGGCAAGUGCUGUCUCGGAGACUCAUACAUAAGCCAUUGGAGCACAAGGUUGUCUUUGAUUUGUGCCCUGACAAGUGUUGGCUGUCCUGCACCCCUACCGCAUCUCACAAGCUCUCAAUAAGACAUUUUUUAGGCGGAUUUGAGCAAUAAUUAUUGGUUUCAGUAUUUGCAACUAACUAUAAAAUCAGAGUAUGAGCGUGCAUACACACUGUCAGCCUUUUUUGUUUUGUUCAGCUCAAGCUAAAUACAAACUAAAGAGCAUUUUUGUAUUUAAAUCCUGUUUUUUAAUCAUCACAUACUUCUCAGAAAAUGCAACUGUUGAGCAGAACUUAUCAUAUUUUUUCACCUCAUGCACACUAUUAACCUUUCUGAGCAACUUUUACUGCUGUGUUGGUGUGUAGGAGUUACACAACAACAGGUUCUGUCUCACUCACUUUACACACACACACACACAUCUUGGCACUGCCAGAAAAAAAAAAACAAAUUUUUAAUCUACGUGUGCAAGUUUCAUUCUUGUUGGCUUGUUUUUUUUAUUUGUCUAUUGAAGUGUAAAUCUAUAAUUUAUCCACUUUAAGCAUUAUUUUUGACAGAAAGAAUGUUUAAUUUUUGUGUCUUUGCAGUUUUUACCAAUAUCGUGCAUUUGACUGUGAACCACUGGACGUGGCUUGGUAUGAACCAACAAAAAACUGUUUCCUGGUAGGCUGCUGCCAGAAUGGAGACUUGUUGUGCACUCUUCCUGCAAUAUUCGUUCUUCCUAGCGUGAGUGAAAAGAUGACCAGCAAGUGAGGUGGUAGCUUCUAGCUUUUUUUAUUUUAUAUGCUGGACAGUGAACUCUGUGACCAAAUGAUUUUUAUGUUUGGUUUUUGUGCUGUUUUACAUGUUAAUAUUGAGAUCAAGCAGAAGCCUAAGAAAAAGCUAUAUGUGACAAUGAUUACAGAAUAGAUUUUGCACAUGCCAUGUGUCACCUGUUUACUUGCAGGUUGAGAGCCUCCACCAUAAAGAAAAAUGCAUUUUGUUUGUUCCGCUCUCAAAGACUGUCAUCACAUCUGUUCUUGCACUCUGUUGAACAUUAAGCCAGCUCCAGUUUGUUUCACUGUGCUCCAUUUUGCCUGCUAAAUGCUAUAAAUUAUAUAGUGUGUUUGCUGUAUAGACCUUGUUCUUGAUGUGUAUACAUAUGCCUGUAUGUGAUUACACUGUGUCAUGUUCAGCAGAUUUGAAUGUGCUGUUCUACAUUUCCUGAGGUUAUUCUUGAAUGAUUUGAGUGUAAUGAUUUUUAAUUAAAUGGGGAACAAAUCUAAA